ACCAGACCAUCAGCUUGCCGGCGUUCGUCCCGAGUUGCCGUCGUGCGUCGUCCGUACCGUGACCGUCGCCGAUCCAGUUGCGAGACACCCGUGUCUCUCAGAUUUGUGAAACAACUUUUGUUUUUUUUUUUUUAAUUAUAAAAAUUUGCGCGCUGACACGUAAUCACAACGUAAUAUCGAAUAUACAGAACGCGCGUAUGUGCGAACAUUUUUCGUUUUUAUUUUUAGGUAAUUGAGUGAUUAUUUCGGUGUUGCAAAUAUAUUUAUAUAUUUAUCGCACUGUUGUGGCCAACGCUGGCCAAACGACAAUGUCCGUAAAAAAGAUCCGUUUUUAAAGCGAUCGUCGCAAACGUUGAUCUGAUUUAGUGUUUUUUCGAAUAUCUUGUAACUGUGCGUUAUUGUUUGAAACAAAGAGAGUUUUUGCGGUGGUCUCGUUGAAAACUUUGGAAUAAUCUAACGGAUCUUAACAUCUGAAGCGGGAGACAAUUUAGCUGAACAUUCAAUCCAAACAAGAAUACACAAAGAAAAACGCACCUCUUCUGAAUUAUUAUUUUCUUAAUGUUGUUUAUUUCAUGAGUUUACUACGAAAUUCGAUUGUUGAUUGUCUCGACUAUGACGUCAGAAUGGGACGUAUAUUUGAUGUUUUAGUACAGACAAAAAGAAAAGAAAAUUAUAUUUCCUAAAGUUUAAUAAGAUAAAUAAAUAAUUUUGUGGAGAACAAAGAAGUUAAAAUGGAGUUAAUUAAUCUACAGAAGAGUUCAUAUAUAGAGUAAAAACAAUUAGCAAUAUAAUUAUCUAGUAUUAUCUAUUAUCUUAGGUUGCAUAAAAAAAAAGAGGUGUGUUUUGGCUUGUGUAUGGAAAGGAUGUACUUGGCGAGAGCAACAGCUAUGACAUUUUUGGUGGCCACGUUUGCUGUGAGCCCACUUCAAUCUUCAGAAGAUAAAUUUAAUCCGCAACAACAGAAAAAACAAGUGUCAGACUUCUUAGUUCGGCCGUUUUUUGACACGGCUGUACCGUCCAACAUAACUACACAACUGGGUGGACAUGCGUAUAUGCCGUGCAGGGUUAAACAACUUGGAAACAAGUCGGUGUCAUGGAUACGAAGGCGAGAUUCGCACAUACUCACCAUCGAUUGGCUGUUAUUUAUCGCUGACGAUAGGUUCAGAAUAUUUUUAGUAGAGCCUACCUGUACGUGGACGAUACAAAUCAAGUACGUUCAGCCCAGGGAUGCUGGUGUUUACGAAUGUCAAAUAAACACAUCACCAAAAAUGAGCCAUCUGGUUCAGCUCAAUGUAGUAGUGCCAAAAAUCGAAAUCCUCGGUGAUUCGGACAUCCACGUGAUGGAGGGUAGUUCGGUCAGCCUAAAAUGUGUGAUCCGGCAAAGUGUUCGAGAUCCAGACUACAUAUUCUGGUAUCAGAACGGCAAACGAGUGUUGGAUUACGGAGGUAAAGGCGCCAAAGUUAUUACCAGCGAACGACGAGAUGUAAACACGAUGGUAGCAACACUCACGAUUAAUAAAGCUGUGUUAUUGGACUCGGGGAAUUAUACGUGUCAGCCGUCCAACUUAGACUCAGCAAGUGCUUUCUUACAUGUCUUGAAUGGAGAACACCCAGCAGCUAUUCAACGAGGUCACAGUUCUGGAAAACAAAUUCCAAUUCGACUGUUAGCUCCUUUGUCAGCGGUACUGGGUUUGAGCUCAAGUCAUUCAGCUAGAGCUGCUCUACUAACGACUGCUUUUGCAAUUGACACGGUCUUCCGUUUUUUAUAUUCGUUUGUUGUUUGAACUCAAAUGUCUCAUAAGCAAGCUAAUUGUUAGCACAUCCCGUUUCCAGACGAAAUCUAAAAAAUAAAUGUUUCUUCUUUCUCAUAAAAUGGCCAACCACAUUUUGUUACCAUUAGUUUAUUGUUGGAUUGUAUUUUUAUCAUUAUAAUUAAACAAUUAUUUAUGUACAAAAAAUAAAAUAAAUGUACAUAAUUUACACAAUUAUAAAUUUUGAACAUUUCAAUGAAAUAAAUGGCAUAAAUUAAUGUGUAAAUAUAAAAAUGACUAAGAGAAAUAAUAUUUUAAUUAACAUUCGGUAAUUAUACAACCGGUUUUUUUUUUCAUUGUACAGUUUUUAUAUUUCAUUAUUUAUUAAAUAUAUUCUUUCUUUAAAUAAAAUACAUGCUUAAUCAGCAUAUCAGUAUAUUAUAAUACCAUAAUCAGCUUUACCAGUUCCAUAAAUCAAAUAUUC